AUGCCUUCUACCAUUGACCGUCCAUUCACAUCGGCCGUUCGGACUGACUUGUCGACCCCCGACCCAUCGGCCGUUCGAAACCCACCCGCCAUUGACGAGCAGCACCCCGGUGCAGCUGGAGAAGACGCCAUGGCAUCCGCUCAUGCAUCUACACAAUACAACAUUGACAAUUUCGACAUUGACAAUUUUGACAUUAACAAUUUCGAGAUCGAUCGCUCAGAGAUUUAUUUCCAUAAUGUCGUCCCAAAGUUGAAGGGACAAUCUAACUUCAGGGACUGGGAGACAGGCCUCCUUCUAGGGCUUAGUGCCAACAACGAAUACUACGCCCGCAUGCUCACCCAUGGGAUUCCGAUUCCAUCUGCACCGUUCUACUACAACACCUCGGUAGAUGCAGUUCGUGCAGAACUACUUGAAGCUGCAAAGGCAGUCUCUGGUGAGGACACUGAUGACAUUGUCAUUACCUCCUCCCAAGUCCAUACUCGAACCAUUGAACUAGAAGAGAUCAAUGCCCAGCGGAAGGAGAAGUACGACUCCCAGCGUAACAACUGGAGAACAUGCAACUCACGAACACUUCUCAACCUUCGAAAGACCCUCGGUAUCGAAGCUAUCUCUCUUAUAGCACAGAUAACCGACGCUCGUGAGGUAUACCAGAAACUUCGAAAGACAUACGCCAGUCCUUCUCACCAACAAUCAUACGACUGCUAUGCGAAGUGGGUUGACUUGCGUUACAAGAAUGGAUCUGCAUCCAACUUUGUACGUAAAUUCCAAGAAGCUCUUCGUGAGGUGACUGCAACAUCUGGGGCUCCAAGCCAAAUGCUUGAAUUGUGUCAGUUCAAGAGAGCAAUUUUCGAGAAUCCACGAUGUGCCGCCUUCCUACAAAACCUUCGAGUCAAUGAGGAGGAUCCCGACUGGAUGGACGAAGUCUACUUUGAAUUCAUCGAGACAGAGACACACAACCGCUUGGUCAACGCUGCCUGGAGAGAACGAGAAUGA